AUGUCGUCAAAGCGCCAACUCGCUCAUCAUGAUGACUCGAGUAACUCGGUCGCAAAACGACAACACCUAGAGCUGUUUAUGAGUACCACAUCUCCAAGCAGCCACUCAAGUACGCCUUCGCCGAUAUGCUUCGGUACGCUUUGUGAAGUUCAAGCCAAAUCGGCAGGCUCCCUGGACGCCGAGUCAACUCCAAAAUCUAAUGGAAGUCAUCGACUGGUAACUCGAGACCCGGAUUUCUUCCUGUUCGAUAUUCACGUACACAAUGAUAUUCAGGGCUUUACAGUACCUAACGCAAACACAUUCGUUAUGAUUGACCUCAUCACGGCAAAGAAAUUGGAUUCCGUCAAGGAACAAGAUGGUGUUUUCACCAAGGCUGUAGUCGAGGCAAAGGCUUUGAAAAGAUUCUCCUCAAGGUCGGCAAAGUCGCCAUUCAAGAUAUCUGUAAAUAUAUAUGGAUAUGAAUCAGACGCUCGAAAUAUCGGACAACAACUCUCCAAAGUCGGGGCGUUCCUGCAACACCCAUUUUACCUCGAGGAAGGUGUGGAGUACUUGAACCCGCAGUUCUUUGAUCCACAAGAUGGACCAAGGUACAUGACCCAUUUAGUUGGUAUGGACGAGACCCAAUUCCAAGCAAGGGCAUUCUCGGAUGUGGUGGAAGGUGUCCUAUCUUCUCUCGACAAUGGGUUACCAAACCUAGGUGUCAAUGAGCCGGAAAUCAUUCUAACGGAUAAUCUCAUAACUAACCUUCAAGAAACUAAUAGAACUAGCCACCAAAAAGCAGCUUUGUCAUUCAUCCUACGCCGCGAAAAUCCCGAAUAUUGUCAGCAAGUUGGUAGGGAGCUUCUGUUCCAUACCCGUAUCCCGUCGCACAAGGCCAUUCCAUCUUUGUCAUUGGGUGGGAUGUUGGCAGAUGUAAUGGGUCUUGGUAAAACGCUCACGAUUCUGGUUUCAAUCUACCUUGCACGGUGCUCAGCGGAGAGUUUCCAAAACAUCAACAUUGACGUUGAUAUGGACCAGCCGACGUAUCCUCGAACGAGUGCGACUUUAGUAGUCGUAACAUCGACUCUCAGUGGUACUAACCGUACGGGUGACAGGCAUUUCAAAGAUGGAUCACUACGAGUUCAUACCUUCCAUGGGGACUCUCGAUCAACCGAAUCGACAUCCUUGAUGAACCACGACAUUGUCUUGACUACGUUCGCAACCCUUGUUUCUGAUUUCAAACGCCGCAAGGUCCUUCAAAGCGUUGAGUGGUUUAGAGUUGUCCUUGAUGAGGCACACUGGAUUCGGAACCAGAGUUCUAAGCAAUUCAAGGCUGUAGAUAGCCUCGUCACAGAACGCCGGUGGUGCCUUUCAGGGACACCAAUCCAGAACUGCAUCAAUGACUUGGUAUCACUACUACGAUUCCUCAAGUUCGAGCCAUUUUCGAAUAUGGAUGUCUUCCGACAAUAUAUCCUAGAUCCACUCCGCACCGAAAAGCUUCUUGACUCAACUAACCCUCUCCAGAUGUUACUCCAAAGUGUUUGUCUGAGGCGAACGGAGAAGUAUCUGAAUCUCCCCGCGGCACACUAUGAGCUUGUAACACUAUCGCUCCAUCAUGAUGAGCAAAAGCUGUAUAGUGACGUUUUCCGAAAAUAUAGGGCCGAACUGGACGACCUUGUCAGUAGCCUAACUAAGAUGGACAAGAAAAAGGCCACACUACGUUUCUCUAUGAUCUCAGAAUUGAGACGACUUUGCAAUCAUGGCACACUGCUUGAGCCUCCAAGUACGCUGGAUAACGCGAAUACCAACGCUUCCUGCGACUACUGCAACGCAACCGAGAAAGACAACAUGGCAAG